AUGGGAGGCCCAUCCGACGACCUCCCACCCCCCUCCUACUCCGAAGCCACCACCAGCACCAGCACCAGCACCGCAUCCCCCUCACGCCCCUUCGCCACCUCGCCCCUCUCCCCCAGCACAACAACAACAACAACCCUCACACCCCAACAAACCGGCCUCCCCCUCCCCUCCCCGCUAACCAACCACCUACGCACGCUCCCCUCGCGGCUGCGCGCCACCCAGCUCGCGCAGCGCACCGCCCAGGCCGCCGACGAGUUCGAGCUGACGUCGCGCGUGGUGCCGCUGGUGGAAGCCUUCCUGGCCGACCUGACGGCGCGCGCGCGCGUGCCGCCGCUGGCCGAGCUGACGCUGGUGCCGGGGCCGGCCGUGCCGCCGCAGGCGAGUAUGAGUGGGGCCGCGGAGAGGGGCCGGGAGGGGGAGGUGGUGAAGGUGGGGAGGGUGGAUGUUGGUGGCCUUGGUGGGCUUGGGGGGGUUGGAGAUGGGAAGGGGGAUGAGAAGGGCGGUGGGAAGGGGGAUGGGAGGGGUGUGAUUGGUGGGGGGGAUAGUAAAGGGGGGAGGGCGGAGGGGAGUAGCUUGCGGGAGGUGAUUGAUACGACGUUUGGGGAGUGGGGGCGUUUUGAUACGUUUGAUGACACCGAGAAGGAGAAUCAGUGGUGGUUUACCGACGAGGAGAUGGCGCGCCGGCUGGCGACGUACCUCAGGCCGGAGCCGAACCUCCAGAGGAGGCAUGUCCAGGCUACUGUGGUGGAGAGGAAGGUGGUCGAGAAGGAGAAGUCGGGGUGGGGACGGUUUGGACUGGGUGGGGGUCGUAAGAAGGCCGUCGAGCAGACUUCACCCGCGCUGCCAUCCCCGGCGUCGCCUGCCCUGUCGAGUCCCGGGUUGGCCGACGACGAUGACGACGUCAAGAUGGCGGUUAGGGCGGAGGAGGUCACAUUUAGGUGGGAGAAUGCCCUUGGCGUGUGGGAGAGUAUGACCGGAUGGGGGGUUGUGGUGACCGUGAGGGUCAAGCCGUGA